UAAUGCCCUGGAAACUGGCAUAGUUGACGUGUGCACCUCCGGCAGUAGCUUGCGAAGCUGGUACCACUGCGGAUGGACAAAGGUCGUGGAAACAAGAACAGGCAAGGUGAACGCGAGGUGUACAGUACUUAUAACCUGUGGUUAAACUUGCUGUAUUUGUUGUUCCGAUCUAUUUAAAUGUUUAUUCUCAGAUUAAAAAAAUAAAGUCUCUGUCUGACUGCCGAAGCCCCGUCAUUAUUCGGUAAACAACAAAGCCUCAGGAAGAUGAACUUCAUAAUAGAGACUUUGGCAGUGAUAGGUUUAAGCCUUUAUUACUUUAUGGAGGCCUUUGUCCUGCUGUUUAUUCCUGUCCGUAGGAAGAGUGUGGCUGGUGAGAUUGUUCUCAUUACAGGAGCAGGAAGUGGCAUUGGGAGACUAGUGGCUAUACGGUUUGCUCGACUUGGUGCUACCCUAGUGCUUUGGGAUGUCAACCAAGAUGGAAACAGGGAGACUGCUCGGCUGGUCAAAGAGAAUGGAGCUGAAAGGGUAUAUGCUUAUGUAUGUGACUGUAGCAAAAAGACUGAAGUCUACAGAGUAGCUGAACAGGUUAAAAGAGAGGUUGGUGAUGUCAACAUUCUGAUUAAUAAUGCUGGAAUUGUCACUGGAAAGAAGUUCAUUGAUGCACCUGAUAAUUUGGUGGAAAAAACCAUUGAAGUUAACACCUUGGCACACUUUUGGACUUAUAAAGCAUUCCUUCCUGCCAUGAUUGCAUCUAACCAUGGACAUUUGGUGAGCAUUGCAAGCUCUGCAGGUCUGAUUGGUGUUAAUGGUUUAGCAGAUUAUUGUGCAAGUAAGUUUGCAGCAGUUGGCUUUGCAGAAUCUGUAGGAUUGGAAAUGUUAGCUUUGGGAAAGAAUGGAAUAAAAACCACUAUUGUCUGCCCAUAUUUCAUAAAUACAGGAAUGUUUGAUGGCUGUACAACAAAGUGGCCAAAUUUCCUUCCUAUUUUGGAUCCAGAAUAUGCUUCUAGAAAGAUUGUAGAUGCUAUCUUGCGAGAAGAAGUGUACCUGUUAAUGCCACGCUCAUUGUACUUUCUGAUGGCUUUAAAGAAUGUGAUACCACCAAAAGUUGGAGUUGUUUUAGGGAAUUAUGUUGGAGCCUUCCAAUUUAUGGAUCAUUUUACAGGUCGUUCAAAAAAGGACUAGAAAUGCCAACAAGCCAUGUUUGAGACAAAUCCAGUAGCACAGAGACUGACUACACAUGUGUUGUAAUUGGUGCCUUCUGUUCAACAAUCAUUGUUAUAAGAUUGCCAUUCUGUGACUCUUACUGGCAAGUACAGCUAGAUUUGGGUAGAAAUAAUUCAUACUCUUCCUUUCUCCAAACAGUAAAGCUUUUUGCCACUACAUGUGCUAUCUCUAGCAUUAUCUUGCUCGACACUGUAAUGGUGCAGAGUAACUUGUUUACACUGAACAACUGGACUUUGCUUUCUCAAACAAAUGUUUUGUGUUUGAGACAUUCUUAAAUAUUUAUAUUGUUUUUGCUGUUGGUCCCGAUACAGUAUCCAUUGUUUAUCUUUUCUCAGCUGUAGCUAACUUGGUGUCCCCACUACAAAACAGUUUUCUAGUUCUUUGUUUUCCUGAACAAAUGUUUUCUAUUUGCAACAUUCUUAAAUAUUUAUAUUAUGUUAACCCUAGUCUUCAUCCAGUAUCCCUUGUUUCUCUUUUGUAAGUUUUAGCUAAGCUGAUUUUCCCAUUACACAACAAUUCUCUAGCUCUUAGUCAUACUGGUGCCUCACUCUAGAACCCUUCUGCAGCAUUCUCCUUUAACAAACAUGUUAUGCUUUUCAAACACUUUCACACGUUCAGUCUUCUGUGCACCAGUUUAUAUAUUUACUUCUAUACCUGGACUUGUCUGUUACCUGAAUUAGAAACUAGUUUAGGAUUGCUGUUGCUUUCCUAAAACAUCAUAAAGCUUCCAUGACCUGGUACAGUUUAACUUCUGUGCGAGAGGCUGUUUUUCUACCCUGAAGUAUAUUGUACCUGUGUAUCUUCAUUGUUGUAGUCAUUUUGUACUCACAAGCUAUUGAUUCCACCAUGGGUGUCAGGUUUCUUGCUGCCAAGCCUCCCUGUAUGUUACCUUAGGAAAACACCCUCAUAAACUACACUAUUUCACAUUACAUGACACUUCCUGUUGCCUCUCUACCACCCCACCAUCAAACAAUUCCAUAUACUACACAUCUCAUACCUUAUCGUUUCUGUUAUGCUAAAACAGUCUAUGAAUUCAGUAUCUCAUCUUGACUGUUUAAUCAAAUUGUCUACCUCCUGUGCCAUAGUCACCAACUCACUAUCAUACAUUCUGCUUUCAGCUGCUUAUAUUAUGGUAUCCAUAGGUGAUUAGUUAAUAUUAAAGAAAACUCUACCAACUAAAAAAGAUUCCCUUUACCACAGCAAAUACUUAGCCUUUUAUUACCCUCCCCAUUAAAUGUACUUUUUCACAACGUAUUCCCUCCUCAAAAUCUUCACAGUAUUACAUAAUAUUUUACACUGCUUUAAUACCAUCACACAAAAUUAUACUUAGUAUGGUAAUAAAGACACCUGAAAAAGUUGUUGGGUCUUUCGGCUUUUCCCGGUUAGGGGUCGCCACAGCAGAACUCCGGUCAGCUAAUGAUUGGCAGUAGAUUUUUUACAUGCCGAGUUGCCAGCCUUGACGCACAACCUUCAAUGAAGGUACGCCCAUUCACACAUCUCUCCACGUAGAAGAUGCUGUAGCUGAGAAUCGAACCGGACAGCGUCUUACUGUGAGGCGACAAUGCUACCACAGCACCACCACUGAAAAAGUAAUAUGGCUUUAUGUCACAAAGUUAAAUUUAUUAUCUCUGUCAGCUAUUAACACUGGUUGCUUAGUAAAUAUGCAUUCUUUAUUUGAAGCAGUCAGGAUUUUUUUAAUAAUUUAAAAAUUGUGGCUAUUACAGAAUCUUGACUCAAAUCAACAAUCCACCUCUCUUCCACCUUACACCAGAAUUAUUACUCUUUCAGUAGAAACAGACCUGAGAGGCAUUCUCUUACAUAUUGCUUAAAAAAGAGAGAACUAUCUGUGGUAUCUCAUAGCCACAUCCUCUAAAAAAACAGUGUGAGCUGAGCUAGGUACUAAGUGAAUGUACUGUUGGAAAUCGUAUUAACAUAGAUGUUAGCAUUUCUUAUAGGACUCCUUCAUCCGCCAUUAAAAUCAAUGAAGACCACUUUAUGGGCAUGUCUGCAGGUAUAAAAAGCAUGAUUCCAAGCUACUUGAUGACUUUAACAUUCACUAGCUUUGAAAAACACAUGCAGAAUUGAGCUCCUGUUUCUGAUAAGAUAGUUUCUCCAACUAGUCCUAGCUAAAACAAACACUUCAUCCUCAAAUGGAUCCUCAAAACAGUCUAUCCAGUCUAUACCACCUAUAAAUCAAGAGCCCUUACUUUGGGACCACUGUCCAGUUAUUACAUUUUGUUCUUCAAGAACACAAAAAGUCCCUGGAUAAGUGGGACUGCUACUAUUGACACUGUCCCACGUGGACUGGGCAAUUCUUAUCCAACAAAACUGUGACAAAGUACUUGUAGCAUUUUUAAAUAUUGUCCUCCCAUUAUAACUCCAAUAUUUCCAUUUUCAUACCACAGCAUUAAGUGCCAGCCAGGAAUCUGGCUGUACUCGUGUUUCCAUCCUCCAUGUAUAAAAACAAGGCUGUAAUACAUGGUCAGAAAUUAGACAGUUAAAUGGUACGUGUUUUCCCAGUCACACUUUUACACACUGUAUUCAAGAUAGAGAGUUGACUGGGUUAAUAUCACUAAAUGUUUGGCCUACGUCUAGGGGAGACCAUAAAUUGUAUUCUUAUGUUGGUAUUCAUGUAGAUGAGGAGAGAUAUUUAACCAAGACACCAAGGAAAUUACCCUACUUUUUAAGUAAGUGUUGUGGGUUCUUUUAUGUCCACCUACUUUACCACCAGUUCAGGCAUAUGGGACCUUCUCAUCUAAAGAAUGACAUUUCAGGAGUGCAGCAUCCACUAGUGCUGGAGUGCAUUCUCAGUAUUAGAAUGUGAAUCCACUGGUGCUGGGACAGGCCACAGUACAUUCUAAUCUUCCAAUAAUGAAUGAUGAGUGGGCUGUAUGCUGAGUCACUGACACUGCUAAAUCUGCAGACAUACCUCUAAUAGCCAAAGUCUACUCUGGCUUCAUAGUUAAUCUCUACCAGCUCAAUAUCGAUUCAAUCUGUCACACUCCUUCACAAUUAUAGACACAAUGUAUAAGUGUAUAAGUGAAAUGCAGACUUUCUCUGUUACACCUGUCAUUAUACAAGUCUCUCAUAAACUCUAGCAAAUCCCACUUUACAGCCACCCCAUGCCAGUGGUUUCUGUCCCAAGUUGCUAAAAAACCCUGAUACAAUUCUAUCUAUCCUCUUAAGUCUCUUGUUGUGUGUAUAUGUGUCUUGACACAUUUAUUUCUGUUUAGAAGUCCUGCAAAGCUGUCCCCGUCUCAAAAUCACCUUAUACAAAGGUGACCAGCCCUUGACACAUAGUUUUACUGCCUGUACUGGAAAAGGCUAUGUCUGCACAACCUAUUGACCAUCUCAACAAAAAUAGCCUGUUUUAUCAGUUGCAGCACUGCUUCAGACAAAGACAACACUCAAUGCUGCCUUACAGUGUCUACCUAAUACAACCUAUACAGAGCUAGAGGAAAGCUUUUUUCAGAUGGAUCAUAUUUUUUCAUGUCACUGACGUAUUCAUCUCUUAUUACACCCCCUUCUAAUUAAAGAACUUAUGAUACAUGGUCUUAAGUGUCCACCCCUAAACUGGUUCCACUGUACCUAAAAAAUUGCAUAGCUAUUGUUCAUGGUAAUGAGAAAUUGUCUAUCCAUUUUAACUGUCACAGUGGAUUCCUUCCUUCAGUGAAGUAUCAUCCUCCCAAAUAAAGGCCUGGUAAACAACCCGGUAGGGCAUAAACUGCUACACUGUCAAUAUGAUUGUAAACAAGUGUGGACCAUCAGCUGGUAAUGUUAUGCCCAGCUUUCAGUAGGACUGUAAUUUUUCUCCUUCUGUCUAGAGGCUGAAUAACUUACCAUGAAUGUCAGUAAAACAAAAGCCAGCCCUUUUGGCACUAUACCCCAGAAUCUGUCAAAUCAUACAAAACUGGAAUAACCUAGAAAAAGUGGACUGUCAAGUAUCAAAGAGUAAUUUUAGGUACUUCCUUUUCUUUUAGUCAACACAUUAAGCAUAUUCAAAGGAAAAUUUCCACUGGGCUGAAAACAUAUUACCAGUCAGUACUGUAACUCAAUAAAGCUUGUUACAUGUUUAAGAAAGACACAAUUUUCCUAGACCUUGAAUGUAGACGUCUUUUAUCUCAGUCUAAGUCAGAUAUAACCGAUCUCUAAAUUUCCCCAAAUAAAAUCUUGCUUUUUAUAGCCCAGACCCUUGAAAAAGUGCAUCAUUGUUAGACAUUUGAAAACGUUGACUAAUUAUUCAUCAUUUCUACUUUCAUCCUCUGUGCUCUCAUAUAUAACAUAUGAACUUCAUUUUCUUUUUUCCUUUUUUUCCCACCACUGACCUUACCUCAAGUCCAUAUUUUCUGUUCUUAUUCCCAUUAAACCCCUACAGUGUAAUCACAUUGGUGUUGUUUCACUUGCAAUUCCCAGCUACAAACUCAGCUCUGGCCACAAAUCGUUUUCCCUCAUUAAUCCAGACAUGUGGAACUCCGACUAACAAAGCAAAGUGUGCCUCCAUGACAUCCAUGUAUUCAAACAGUAUUGAUGUUACAUCUUAAAAUAUUUCCUUGCUGCAGUGGUCAUUGUGGUGUAUAUUGAGACAACCUUACCAAACCUAAUACCCCGUGUGUUACUGCUUGCAAUUACAUCUUAACAAAUGCACCCUACUACUUAACUACAAUGAGACUUUUACUUAAUACUGCUGAGAACCAUUCCAUUAGCACAAAAUGGUUAUAUGAGGAAUUUCAUUGUUCACAUUUCUCUUCCCUUCAUGUACCAUACCAUAUUCUAGUUUAUCCUGAGCCACUAUGUUGUUAACAAACACUGUGUUAUUGUGAUUCUUUAUCUGUAAAUUAUGUUGCCUAUUUGCUAUUUGUAACUGUUUUAUGUUAUACUUUGUAGUUAGGUAGUAUCUGAAAAAAGACCUCUAUGGUCCAAUCCAUCUUACCUUUUUAGAUUGAACUAAAAUUAAUAAAAAAACAACUAAAAAUUCAUAAUUUAAUAAACUGUGUCAUUUUCUUUUGCUGUGUUGUGUAUUGCUUAUAGUGAUAACGACCAGGCACUGUAAUUCUAAUGUCUUAUUCAUUAAACAGCUGCUAAGUAAAUAAAAA